AUGGAAUUGUUAUGUCAUUCCUUUGCCUUCUUGAUCUUCUUCUGUGCUGCGGCGGCGUUUCCACAGCAAACUCCCAUGGUCACCACAGAUGCGGCACCGGCAAAGAUCACCCAAGGCCCCGAGCUUAUAUGCUUAGAAGGCCAAACAGCUGUUUACACGACAGACUGUACGGUAGGAACCCCGUUGUCAUACUGCUUCAGUCCGGAGCCUCCUAUCGAGUGUCAGCCGGGGUCCUUCCCAGGGGUCUGGCAUCCCGAUCACUGUAUGGAGCAGUCGACAUGCUUCGCCGCGAAUGAACCUUGGAUCACGACCAAGUGCUCCAACGGCGCAUUCCCAUACUCAACAAGCACCUUCUACAGUGGAACUUUAGCAGGCGGGCUAUCGACCACAGUCACAGGUGAGGUCCCAGGCACUAGGCUCUUGUUCCCAGUUGAAAUCCUGAACUAUCAAGCCUGA